AUGACAGCGGUGGCAGCUUCCUCUCGCGUCAGCGAUCCACUAGCCGCCUCAUCGUCCGCCCACCCUCGCACUCUUCGCUCAAGUCCACGCAAGAGGACCACGUCUCACGAUUCGUCGAUAUCACCAUCCGCAGCGCAAUCGAAGCAGCUCCCAAGAAGGAAGAAACCACGCACAGAACUUGUCGACGAGUCGGAACUCGAUUGCGCAGCUUGCCCAGCUGUUGGUCAACCGGCUCCAACGCCUGGCAAAGGCGCUGCCUCCGACCGAGAAACCUGGAUCUGCUGCACGCAUUGCAAGACAUGGUUUCACUGUAUCUGUAUUGGUCUCGAGAAUCCUGACGACUUUAGCAAAUGGUACUGUCAGCCGUGCAUCACUCGGUCUGAACAGACUUUUGAAUCUGGCACAAGCUCUUCUCACCCGCCUUUCGCCAACGUCGUCCGUCCACCGCGUCGAAAGUCAGAGCGCGCAAAGCUCCAAAUUGACUACGCUGCCAUUCAAGAGGGAAUCCCUGCCGAUCCACUUGGACGCUGGAAGAAUUUGCUCAACGCGUACGAAUUCGAGCCAGACCAGUUUCGAAGGAUGCAAGGACACGAGUGGACAUUCGAUUGGCUCUUGCACGACGAAUCCGCCCUAAAGCAGCCAGUACUUGUUCCUGCGCCGCCUGAUCGAUCUUCACAAGCGCCACAUGUGCAAGCCAAGGCGGAGGACGUUGCAGCAUCCCCUGUUCCGCGCCCAAAGCCAGCAAGAGCCAAGAAACAGGCGACACAUCGACUUGUGCCUUGUCACACGUCGAUUCCUGGCAUGGUUGUUCCACCUCCUGAGAUGAGCAUCUUUGAUGUUGCUGACAUCAUCGGUCACGACACGCCUGUCGAGGUGAUUGAUGUGGCGUCUCAAUCCUCGUCGAAAGCUUCUUGGACCAUCUCGGAAUGGGCCGAAUACUUUAACACGCCCAAGGAAAAGAAGAAAAAGACGCUCAACGUCAUCUCGCUCGAGGUGACAGGUACGCCAAUGCAAGCCUACGUCGAAGCGCCUCAGCUAGUUCGAGAUCUAGACUGGGUGACGCGCGACUGGCCAGCGGAACGCCGCGACGCUUCGUGUUCUGAAAAUAGCUGGCCCAAGGUGCAGCGCUAUGUGCUUAUGGGUGUAGAAGGCGCCUAUUCGGAUUGGCACAUUGAUUUCGCCGGAAGCAGCGUCUAUUACCACGUCAUCUGGGGCCAAAAAACGUUUCUGUUUGCUCCACCCACUGCGCGCAAUCUGGCGGCCUACAAAGCAUGGUGCAGCAGCACACGCCAGGACUUUGACUGGCUCGGCGAUCAUCUUCACAGCCUCACGCGCGUCGACAUAGGACCCGGUGAAACCAUGCUCAUUCCAUCUGGCUGGUUGCACUGCGUCUAUACGCCCAAGAACACGCUCGUGGUAGGCGGCAAUUUUUUGACCGACUGGAACGUAGCUACGCAGUGGAAACUCGUCGAGAUCGAAGAGGCUACCAAAGUACCCCGGAAGUUCCGCUUCCCCCAUCUCAAGCGUCUCAGCUGGUUCGUGGCCAAAGGCUGGAAUGAUCGACUCGAGCCGCUGGCAGAAUUCGAGACGCUAACAAAGGAAGAGGACCAAGUGCUGGAGGAGUCGGCCCAAGUAUCUGCCCAAGUGGAUGUGGGUAGCCUGACUGAGGUGGUGCCACCGCUCAAAGUACUCAACAAUAUCGAGCUGGUGUUGCAAUCACUCAGCGAUGACCUUGAGCUCAUACAGGAUCCCUACGUAGCCGAAAGCGGUGACGAGAGGAAAGUCAAGCAGCAAAAAGCAGCGCGCGAAGCCAUCCCGACACACCACGUGGGAAACAUACAGAAAGCGGAAGCCAUGCUAGCCUCGCUACGACAGCGCGUUGACAGGGCCAAGUCGUUGGCGGAUGCGGUUCAGUCAGAGCGCGUUUGCCUGACAUGGGAAGCCACGAGGGCUAAGAAGGCAAAAGCAGCAAAUGGAUCAGCAAUCAAGAGUCGAAAAGCGCGCAGAUAG